AGGGACAACAGAAAGCAAAAUCGUUUUCCCUCCUUUACACGGUCUUCUUCCGUUCUUCGGCACCGCAUCCAUCACGCUCAAUGCUUCACGGUGCCUUCACCGGCUCCGGUUCAGUUUCGCUUUCCGGUAGACGUAAUCACAGCUCGUUUUACAGAUAUGAUCAUAUUUCUCUUCCAUUUCAUUCGGAAUCGUCGAUAGCUUUUUACUCAACUGAUCGUUUGUCGCCUUCAUUAUGUUGCUCGCAUUCAUCAUGGAAGCCAGGGGGUUGGACUUUGACUCGUUCACCGGUUAUAAAGCGUGAAUCAUCUGAUGGUUUUGAAGUCAAAGCGACGUCCGUUCCUGAUAACGCCGAUGAAAGUGAUGCGGCGGCUGUGGCGAAAUCGAAAAUGGCGGAAACGCUAGUGCUUGGAUUGUUGUUCGGAGUCUGGUACCUUUUCAAUAUCUAUUUCAACAUCUAUAAUAAACAGGUUCUUGAGGUUUUCCCAAAUCCAGUAACUUUGACUGCAGUUCAGCUUGCUGUUGGGACUACCAUUAUAUUUUUGACAUGGGCAUUAAAUCUUCAUAAAUGGCCGAAUAUCAGUCGUACACAGCUUGUAGCAAUCCUGCCAUUGGCUGUAAUGCACACAUUAGGUAAUUUUUCAACCAACAUGAGUCUUGGAAAAGUUUCUGUUUCAUUUACUCACACAAUCAAAGCAAUGGAGCCUUUUUUCACGGUUAUACUAUCUACUAUGUUUCUAGGAGAGAUACCAACAGCAUGGGUAAUGAGCUCCCUUGUACCUAUUGUUGGGGGAGUGAUACUUGCAUCUCUCACCGAGGUGUCAUUCAAUUGGCCUGGAUUUUGGAGUGCAAUGGCAUCCAAUUUGGCAAAUCAAUCACGCAAUGUCCUGAGCAAAAAAGUUAUGGUUCAGAAAGAGGAACCAUUGGACAACAUUACCCUCUUCUCAAUCAUAACAGUUAUGUCUUUCUUCUUGUUUACCCCUGUUGCCUUACUCGUUGAAGGAGUCAAAUUUACCCCUUCUUACCUACAAUCCGCUGGGCUAAACCUCAAACAUGUGUACAUUAGGUCUCUCCUUGCUUCAAUCUGCUUCCAUGCUUAUCAGCAGGUUGCUUACAUGAUACUGCAAAGAGUAUCUCCAGUUACACAUUCUGUAGGCAACUGUGUGAAGCGAGUGGUGGUCAUCGUAUCCUCUAUCUUCUUCUUCCGCACACCGGUCUCAUUUAUCAACUCCAUAGGGACUGGAAUUGCCCUUGCCGGAGUAUUCCUAUACUCACAGGUGAAACGCAUCAAGCCCAAAACCGCAUAAACUUGUUACUUGUGUUUACAAUAAAAUUUGAAAUCUUUUGGUAAUAGAUUCCACUACAUUGUUGUUAAAAAGACAACAAUACCCUUGGUAGAUAUUCUGAGUAAAAAAACUUCAUUUGCAACUGUUUUAGUUUAUUUGAAGGUUAUUAGUGAUACUGAUGUUGAAGCACAAUGUUAUAGCUUUUUAAGCAAUAGAAAUUUCGAGGAUCUCCAAUUGAUUCAAUAUGAAUGAUUACAAGACUAUGUA